AUGAAGUUUUUGGUUCUUUUCACCAUCUUGAGUUUGGUCCUGGCUGCCCAGGCCGGCAGGAAGUGGCGCAUUGCCCGCCAUGUGGCCAAGAAGGUCGCCAUCCACAUUAUCAAGAACGAAGUCAGACACUGGGUGGGCGAUGUUGUGAACUACCAGAAUGGAAGCGCUGUGUACCACUUCGCUGACUCAGAUGACUCCUCCGUCGAGGAUGGUGAACUCAAGGAACUGAGCGUUAGCCAAAUCAGCCUGGACAACACCGUGGUGUCCGGCCCCGUGAAGGCUAUCUCCUUCGCCGACUCCUCCUCCCUGCUGGUGGCUCCCGCCGAAGCCUAUGCCCAGAUCAACAAGCUGAUUGGCGCCGUCUUUGUCGAUGGAGAGUACUACGUCCAGUGCCCCUCCGUGAAGUCCCUGCCCGUGAUCACCUUCAACAUCGGAGGCACCAACUACGAGGUUCCCUCUUCCGUGUACAUUGAGACUUCCACCGAGGGCAAGGUCACCAGCUGCACUUCCAUGUUCACCUACAUUGGCACCGACUUCUGGAUCCUGGGUGGCGAUGUCUUCCAGGCUUAG